GGUGGAACAGUCGAACAAGCGACACGGAGGAGGGGAAACCGGAACAAACUGGAACCGAGACACUUCAACGUUUCCGCGCUAGCACGUGUCACGUCAACCCGGCCUCUGACGGCCAUGGACUCGGCUUGGAGGGACACGUGGCGUACACGCAGCCUUCAAUAAUUCGAGCUUGGGUAACAGUCCCUGACGGCACCGGUGCGGCGGUCGCAUCGCCGAUGCCGUGGCGGCGUUAACAGUAACACUUAACACCCUUCCGUGUGCAUGUAUACUCUGAGUCUCUGACCCGACGCUACCUUAAUAAGCUCCAAGGCAUCUAAGCUUCGAUCGUUGCGUCCGCGUCGCGCCAAUCGUCUCUGCAAACUCGCUUAAAUCCUCUGCUCUGCGACUGCGACCUUCGGCGACCCUGAAGCAAUGGCGAUCCUGAAGAGGCAUUCUUCCAUCGAGAGUGUGAGGAGCCUGAGCGACGACAUGCUGGCCGAGAUCAUCCUCCGGCUGCCCGUCAAGGCCGUGGCGCGGUCCAGGUGCGUGUCCAAGGGCUGGUGCGCCACUAUCUCCGACAGCUACCUCCGCCGCAGGCUGCCCCUGCAGCUGUCCGUGGUCUACUUCCCCGACGGCGGCGGCAAGGCGCCGCGGUUCGCGUGCGCGGACGGCGGCGGCCAGCUCGAGGACCUGGACCUCGGCUUCUUCCCGUUCCUGAACGGCGCCGUCGUCUGCGACGCCUGCAAUGGCCUGCUCCUGUUCCGCACCGCUGGCACGGCGCGGUUCUACGUCGUCGACCCGGUGACCAGGCGGUGGGCGGCGCUGCCGGCGCCGUCGAGGAACGCGCGGCUGUCCAUGCUCGCGUUCGACCCCUCCGGCGCCUCCCCGCGGGGCUACCACGUCAUCAACUUCACCGGCCGGUGGCGCGAGCGCGGGGGCGAGGUGGAGGUGUUCUCGUCGGAGGCGUGGGCGUGGACCGCGCGCGACGUGGAGUUCGGCGUGCCCGCGGGCGCCCUCUCCGGCUCGAUGCACUUCCACGGCGGCGCCGUGUACGCCCUGGCCUCCGACCCGGAAUGCGUCGUGCGCAUGGACGUCGCCGACCCCGAGCUCACGUGCACGGUCGCCGAGCUCCCCGCCGAGCCGACGGACGGCGACGGCCGCCUCGCGCACUCCGGCGGGCGAUUACACUACGUGGCCAGCGACGGCGCGCAGCUCAAGGUCUGGGUGCUCGACGACUCAUCCCCUACGCUCCAGUGGCGCCUGAAGCACGCCGUGAAGCUCGACGCCGUCGCGGAGGAAGGGUGCAGGGGGAACGAGGUCCGGUUCCUGGCGCUGCACCCGGAGAAGGACGCGGCGUACAUGUGGUCGGCGUGGAGGCUCGUGGAGUACGACCUGACGAGGAAGGAGAUCACCGGAGCCUGGGUGUUCGGCGAGGGCGAGAAGAAUCGUAUCGUCAGGACCUGGCUCGUCCCUUCGUCGCUAUACCUAUCAGAUUGCCCCCUGGGUGAUGCUCACGUGCAGUGCUAAUUCUGAUGCUGACGGCCUGCAGAAUUUGCUAAGAGUCGUUUUCUGUUCUGCUGCUUGUGAAAGAUGGCUACUACUUCUUUUACGAUAGCCGAUGUUUACUUUGUGCAGAUGUUUAUGUCGAUGUACUUUGUAAAUACUAUAUCGUUGUUAUAGGACGAUCUGAUAAAGGAGGAAAUUCGAAACACAAAGGAGAAGAAUGGUUUUGCUUGAUCAGUAGUUCUAUACUUGAGUAGAAGAGAAACUGUACUUAACGUACACUGUGCAUUCUCUUCUGGUGGCCAAGAGCAAUGUCAUGCCAAGUUUGUCGAGACGGAAAUAUUCAGAAACACAAGCAGGGGGACUUGAAGGUUUCUUGAUGUUGAUGUUUCAGACAUGCCGACAGUAGGAGCAUCUCCAAAGAUA